AGCUUUUGUUUUGAAAACAGUUUUCCACUAGGAAGAAUAGAUGAAGAUGCAUGACACAAAAUUACUAGACACAAUGCAUAUAUAUAUAGAAAAUUAACGCAAUUACGUCAUGAAAUCCGUUUCAUGCAGUAUGAAGAAAUUCUUGGCUUUUGUAUUUGCUAUGUUCCGAUUAGUUAGGAGCGCGAAUGAAAUUACUGAAAAAUGAUCGACUUGAUGUUUUAGAUACCGUUAAAGUGUUUACAUAACCUUGAAUUUCAUUGAUCACCCCUUUGGGCGGGAAUCUCGAAACAUUUAUAUUUUCAUUUGAUCGUCCAUAAAAAUGUCACAAAAUAUUUUGAAAAGCAGCGUGGAAACAGCUUCGUUCAAUAUUGUAUUUCAGAUAUUAUGCAGAGGAGUCACUUUUAUUUUAAAUGCCUUCGUUGUUCGGUAUGUGGGUCAAGCUGUUCUAGGAGUCAUAAAUGUGAGACUACUAUUAUUGGAAUCAAUGAUUUUGUUUCUGUCUCGAGAACCAUUUAUGAAAGCAUGUUUAACCAACACAGCAGAACAUAAUUGGGCUCAAGUUGUAAAUUUAUUAUGGAUGACGUUCGUUUCUAAAAAUGGUAAAUAUUUUUUCAGGGUUCCUAUAUGUUUCUUAAUGUCCUUACUGUUUGGAUAUAUUUGGCUUUCUGUUUUAACAACAUCUGAGGCAUUACCAUCAUAUUAUACAUUUGCAGUUUGGGCAGUUGCUUUGUCUUGUAUUAUUGAAUUAUCAUCUUUAAUCGUUCAACUGGUCGCUAGUGCAUUUUUAUUUGUUAGGUUGAAAAUUAUACUUGAUUCUAUCAUGAUUGCUAUUCGUACUAUAACAUUUGUUCCAUUGAUACUCCAAAAUCCAGAGAAUGCAUUGUUAGCAUUUGGUGUAGCUCAACUAGUUGCAGCAAUAUUUUAUACUGCUAGUCACUAUUUAUACUUUCAUUAUUAUAUUAAAAAGCUUAACAAGUAUAAGUUAAAGAGGCGUAUGUCAUUAAAAGACAGUACUGACGAGUAUGUUGUGAGAGAAUUUCCUUUCAAAACAGUGAAGGACUUUUUGCCUGGGCAAUUGACAAACAAAGAAUCAUAUCUAGAUAAAAAGUUGACUAUUCUUACAUGGAGUUUCUUUAGACAAGGAAUUCUAAAGCAAAUUUUAACAGAAGGAGAAAGGCUAAUUAUGACAGUAAUGCCAGUAUUAACAUUUACUGAACAGGGAACAUACGAAAUUAUAAAUAAUUUAGGUUCUUUAGCAGCAAGGUUUAUUUUCCGUCCAAUAGAAGAAAGUGGAUAUUUCUAUUUUACUCAAAUGGUAAAACGAGACAAACCAGUUAAUGACCAAAAUCCUGUAAAAAUACAAGAAAGCGUAAAUGUGCUAACACAUUUAUGUUCAGCUGUUAUGUCGAUUGGGUUAGUUGUUUUAGUGUUUGGACAGUCAUAUUCAAGCACACUUUUAUGGUUAUAUGGUGGUACUAAAUUAAUUUCACAUCUGCCAGUACUCUUAAUGCGAGCACAUUGUCUAGCUAUCCUCCUUUUGGGAAUAAAUGGAGUAACAGAAUGUUACAGCAAUGCAACGGCCGAUAGUGCGACUAUAAAUAAGAGCAAUUUGAUUAUGAUUUACGAAUCGAUCGCAUUUCUGUGUGCAUCCUAUUUAUUUGCUAUUUGGUUUGGACCAGUUGGUUUCAUUUUUGGAAACUGUGUAAACAUGAGUUUAAGAAUUGUGCAUUCUACUAUGUUUAUCAAUAAAAGAUACAAAGAUACAAUGUACCGUCCAUUACGUGGAUUAGUGCCAAAGCCUAUGUUUUCUGCUUCUCUUCUAAUAGCAGCAUUGAUCACUAAUGUCUCUCAUGCUUACUUUUUUCCAGAUGAAAAAUUAUUGCACUUAAUUAUUGGAGUGAUAAUGUUUAUGAUAGUACUUGUCUCUUGGAUAUAUGAACACCAUGAUUUAAUUAGACUUGGUACAAACAAAUGGUAUGAAAGAAGUAACAGACAUAAGAAAAGUGACUGACCCUAGAUAUGUUUUAAUGGUGAUUUAUUGAUAUUUACCUACAAACUAUCUACAAAGGUGCUAUAACGAACUCUUAUAAGUCUUGUAAAAUUUAAUAAUCAUGUAUUUUCUAUACUGUUACAAUCAGAAUCAAGUACAAGUUCUACUAUCUCAUGAGGAUGUGUUAAAAAGCCACCUAUAUAUUUAAAGUUUAUAUAUAAUUAACAAAAUAACAAACAUAAUAGAGCUUAGUUUACAUACAAACAA